GUGUACCUGUGGCUGGGAUGAUGCUGCAGGGGCUGCCAGCAGACGGUACCGGCCCCAGGUUCAGCCCCCUGGUGGCUCUGGAGCUGGCCGCCGACGCCAAAGAGGAGGCCGUGGCCUGGCUGCUGGGCAGGAUAAGAGACAAGCAGCAGAAUGGAGGCGCUGAGCUCCUGGUGGAGCAGCUGGGUCCUGGGGCUGGAGCGCAGGAGAAGGACAACCCCAACAUGUUCGUGGUGGGGGCGUCCAGGCAGAGGCUGCUCUCCGGGGCCGAGGACGUGGGUCUCUUCAAGGAGUACAGCGAUGGAUCCAUGAGGGCCUUCACAUGCACCAACAAACACCAGUUCAAAGACUUUAAAGGGGACGGAGACAGCUUCCUCAGCACCGCCGAGUGCCAGUACGUCAUCAAACAUGAACUAGACACACUACGAGCCAAAGAUGAGACUCACGUACCCGGAUACAGCCAAGCAAAGCUCUACCCUGGGAAAUCCAUCAUCCGCAGAUUACAAUCCAAAGGAAUCCUGAUCCAAGUUUUUCCUCUCCAUGAAAGUGAAGAACUGAAGAGACUUUCUUUUACUUGGUAUAAAAGAGUCAAGUUGUCCUUCCAGCCACUCGAUGAGAUCAGACACUACUACGGAGAGGGCCAGGCUCUGUACUUCAGCUUCCUGGAGUACUUCACCCUGGCCCUGCUGCCCAUGGCCCUCAUCGGCCUGCCCUACUACCUGUUCGACUGGGACGACUACGACAAAUACGUGGUGUUCGCCGUGUUCAACGUGGUCUGGUGCACCGUCAUCCUGGAGCUGUGGAAGCGCUGGAGUGCGUCUCUGGCCUACAAGUGGGGCACUCUGAGCAGGAAGAAAGCCUUCGAGGAGCCGCGGUCCGGGUUCCACGGCGUGCUGGGCUUCAACCCGGUGACGGGCCGCGAGGAGCCCACCUACCCCAACGCCCGGCGCCUGCUGCGCAUCUACCUGGUGUCCCUGCCCUUCGUGCUGCUCUGCCUCUACCUGUCCCUGUACGUCAUGAUGAUCUACUUCCAGAUGGAGGGCUGGGCUCUCUCAGUCCACGACGCCGAUCCCGGCUUCUGGACCGGAGUGCUGCUGUUCGUCCCCAGCAUCAUCUACGCCGUCGUCAUCGAGGUCAUGAACCUCAUCUACAGAUACGCUGCAGAGUUCCUCACCGGCUGGGAAAACCACCGGCUGGAGUCGUCGUACCAGAACCACCUGGUUCUCAAAGUGCUGGUGUUCAACUUCUUCAACUGCUUCGCCUCGCUGUUCUACAUCGCCUUCGCCAUGCAGGACAUGGUGCUGCUCCGACAGAGUCUGGCCACGCUGCUGAUCACCAGCCAGAUCCUGAACCAGUGCAUGGAAGCCUUCCUGCCGUACUGGCUGCAGAGGAGACGCAACAAGAAGAUGAUCCGCAGAGCCCAGAAGAGGAGGAGCACGGAGGGCAGGGAGCUGCUCCUGAAGGAGCAGGUCUGCCUGGAGGCCGACAUGAGCACAUACCUGGGCACGUUUGACGACUACCUGGAGCUGUUCCUGCUGUUCGGCUACGUCAGCCUGUUCUCCUGCGUGUAUCCUCUGGCGGCGGUGCUGGUGGUGCUGAACAACAUCACCGAGCUCUACUCCGACGCCUUCAAGAUGUGCCACGUGUUCAAGCGGCCCUUCUCCGACCCCGCUGCAAACAUCGGGGUGUGGCAGCUGGCCUUCGAGGCAAUGAGCGUGAUCGCCGUGGUUACCAACUGUGCUCUGAUCGGCCUGUCCCCACAAGUGAAGGCGUACUUCCCUGAGUCUGACACGCAGCUCAUACUGUGGACGGUGGCUGUGGAGCACGGGCUCCUGGCUUUCAAGUUCAUCCUGACCUUCCUCAUCCCAGACGUCCCCAAACACAUCCAGAUCAAGCUGGCUCGCCAGGAGUUCGAGUCCCUGGGGGCCCUCAAGAAAAAGGCAGGCAGAAGACGUUUCUUAGCACUGGCUGAGUCCGCCUGCAUGCAAUGAAUAAACUAAUUAUCAGCCAAUCUCUCUCAUACUUAUACUUGUAUGAGCCCUUACCCUGCCUGUUUUAACUUCUUGUUUAUUCACCCAGUAAUACAAAACAACACAAUAAUACAGCACAUCCGACAUAAUACUUUGUUCACUGACUACGUUUCCAUGCAUCAAUAACCCUUUUCUAACUGGAAUAUUAUCAAUAACCCGGUUACACGGCCAUGUAAACACCAAU